AGGAAGCUUUGGGUGUGUGUACAUUUUUCGCAACCGAUUUCCGAGUCGUAAAAUCGAUUUUUGAACAUUUUUGCGGAAUUUUCCGCACACCGCAACCGGCCAAGUUUCGUUCUUCCAAGCAUGGGACGCUCGAGAUCCCGCAGUCGGUCACCCAAAAAGCACAAGAGCAAGCACCGCAAGCGAAGCAAAUCUCGCUCGUCCUCCCAUCAUCACCGCAGCAGUUACGAUAAAUACAGAGAGCGCAGCUCGAAAUCCAGGAAACGAUCGCUAUCCGAAUCCUCCGACAGUAGCAGCGAUGGAUCGAACAGUGGCUCCCGGCAUCACCACAAAAAGAGCUCUCGCAGCCGGAAGCUAACGGAGGUAGAACGUUUAGCCGAGAUGGAACGCCAAAGGAGGCAGAAGGAAGCUGAACAAAAGAUGAUCGAAGAAGAAGCGGCAAAGCGGAUAGAGCUGUUAGUUAAAAAACGUGUCGAAGAAGAAUUAGAAAAGCGAAAAGAUGAAAUCGAGAUGGAGGUGCAACGGCGCGUUGAAGCCGCCAAAAAACAGAUGGAACAGGAAAUGAUGCUCGAGCUGGAAAAGCGCCGGGAGCAGGCACGGGAAGAGGAGCGACGGCGUGAGGAGGAAGAGCUUAAAAAGCGCCAGGAACUCGAGAAUAUUCUCGCUGAGAAUAAUCGCAAAAUAGAGGAGGCACAGCGAAAGUUGGCCGAAGAUCGUCUUGCGAUUAUCGAAGAGCAAAGAAAGAUGGACGAAGAGCGUCAAAAGAUGCGCAAAGAGCAAGAGAAACGCAUCAAAGAAGAACAAAAGAUGAUCCUGGGCAAGAACAAUUCGAGACCGAAACUGUCGUUCUCGCUGAAACCGGGUGUAUCGUAAAUGAGUGGAUAAUAGUGUUCGUUCGUGCGACUUUCAACGGAUCAUUGUCCGUAAUGUCCAUCAUAUCUUUUUACGACACGAGCAAACUCACACACACACACACACACACUAAACCCCCUCCACAAUCCAAACAUAAUCCUUGCCGUGUGUCCUCUGUUUGUAUGGCGCUAUGUUUUCACUGUCACACGUGUGUGAUUCAUCCAUGUAAGCAGUAGGAUGUAAGAAUUUGCUAGGAAAUCUUUAAAAGCAAGUCAUUUGGGGGCAAUCCUUUAAUCUAACAUAACUAGUAGCAUCCGCUACUAACUUCGCAUCGGGGGAAACGUAUCUAUCGCUCCUUGUUACAAAGGAAUCACUGUUGCAAUCGAAUUUGUGUCAUUCUAAAUUGUGAAUUACUGGAUUAUUCUUACCCUACCUGACUACGUCUAUCACGGAGUCAAAUGGGCAGUCCUUGAAUUGAUGUAAUUUUUCAGGUAAUGGCGAAAAUGAUAGUCAUUUUCGGAGUAUGUGUGCAUUUUUUUGCAGACUUCGCUUGGUAAACGGGUUUCUGUUGUAGUUUGCAGAUCGUUUUGCACACCGUAGACGCACGGAAUGGCAUGUGCGGUGCGGUGUAUAUUGAUAAAAUCGCGUAUCGCGAAUGGUGGUUUCUUCCAACAUGUUUAAUGAUCUUUUUGAUUCACCUUUUAGCUCUAUUGAUCUGUGUUGCCAGUGUUGUUAGCCAACAUUGAAUUGCAACAUUUGUUGAAUGUUUUUUUUUGUUUGUGUUGCUUGACGAAUUCAGCGUGAAACUUUGAGCAGUAUAUGAUCCGUAGUUUUGAUGUGUUAUAUUAUUAAUGUGAUUUUUUUUAGUACUGUGUCGAGUUUUUUUAUCGUUUGUCAGCAAGACAAACAAAUUAAUGCAAACAAUACAAUAGUAAUAUUCUGUACAGACCAGAAUGAUUCGAUCGCAAUCCUUUGCAGGGCAAUAAUGACGCGUAUCAUGGAAGUGUCGAACAGUGCAACAGAAUAACGAUAAACUUGAGUCAAAUAAUAAAUUUCGGAGAAAGUUUUCCCCUCCUUUACUAAAGAAUUCAGAAACACUAU